AUGGCACCUGAUGUACCUGGUUCUGUUAAGCGGCUAGGAAAAGUUUGUUUCGUCAAACCUGGUGUCAAAAGAUGGGGUGUUUGCCAAAGGUACUCAAUUCGCGAACAGCUUGAACAUGGAGUUCGCUAUCUUGAUCUACGUGUUGCUUAUCCUCCACCAAAAGUGCGCACUUCCGUAACGGAUUUUCGUCUUGUCCAUGGAUUGUAUGGUAUGACUUUAGAGCAGUGCCUAUCACAAGUCGUAGACUUCUUGAAAGAAAACGAAAAAGAGCGCAGCCGGUGGAAGCGCCGAGUCGUUGGAACCGUAAAGUCCCCGGAGGUGCCCAGAUAUGAAAGCAGCCUCACAAUUUUCCUGGAGACAGUUAGGGAAGAAAUUGGUAAAUACGAAAUAUUCACCGUUACGGAAGUGCGCACUUUUGGUGGAGGAUAA